GAUAGUUUCAUUUUUUACGGUUCAAGCAGAAAGUCCAAAUCGUUUCAGACUAAUGACAUAUUUGUUUCUGUUUGUAGAUGGAUUCAUAAGAAACAACUGUUUCCCCAUCUUCACUGAUGGCUACAUUUUACCCACGGUAAAGAAUGGGAAAUCAAAAUAUUUCAGCAUUGCUGUUGUUUGCUAUGGCAGCAUUGCACUGUGGGAUAUCAGAAAGCGUGGACUUCAUUGAGGGAAACUGUAACGAUGUCAUCAGACUACCUUGUAAAGCUACUGACCGAACAACAACAUACCGUUAUGUCAUAUGGUACAAAAUAGAGAGUAAGCCUGUUCCUAUCAUCAAGAGAAAAAAUGGAUCGGAUUCAACUUUUUAUAACUUAACUUCUGUUUCUCUGGGAGAGAAAGCGGCCUUGAAGUUACAUAACGUGCAGCCUUCAGACUCGGGAGAAUAUAAAUGCUACCUGGCUGCAGAGGUUGGGGGUCGAAAUGAUGAUUCUUUUAUUAGACUGAAUAUCUCAGAAUGUUUGGAUGUGAGCACAGUGUAUCCCUCCACCAUGAUCCCUGAUGAUUCUUUUCCUGAUACAGAGGAUACAACUGUUCACUGGGCUGUGCUCUGCCUUUUUCUCUUCAGCAUGGCCAAAAUCAUACUUUGCAUUGUAACUGUGGGGGUGUGUGAUCGAGCCAUAUUUAGCACAGCAAGAAGAAAACAGGAAGUAAGGGGAAGCAAAACGGGAACAAGGCCAUGAAGCUGGAAAGACUGAGAUUCACAAAAAAGCUGAUGGGAUCCAUUUAGUUUUACGCAUCCACUAAAACAGUCCAAGCCUGUCGUUUACAAGGUUGUUGGCACAAUUAGGUUGGAUUGAUGGUGUUUGUUUAAUUUCUGCGUGGUUUGGCUAUUCUUAAUUAUUUUUUAGAGAACGGAUUAUUCCAAGGGGAGGAGGGAUCGCCAAAAUGCACACUGUUGUUAUUUUCCCCCACAUUUUUAAAUUGCACAUCCUCUGUAAAUAUUUUGCUGUCAGUAGCAGAAUUAAGUACUUUAGGGAUUUCUAGAGUUAAUAUGUAUUCUUAUAUAUGAAUAAAUCAUAAAAAAUAUAUAUGGAUAAAUAAGUAGGCAAUAGGCUAAAUAUUUGUACAGAUAUUCAUAUAGCCAUCAUGUUAUGAACAGUUUUAUAUUUAACAUGUUGGCUUAAAAUAGUUUGAAUUCAGUUAAAUGAAUUUAUCUGAAUGAUGUGAGAAAACUUUUCAAUUAAUUUCUAAUCUAAUUCUGAUAGCCUACUUUCACAGGAAUUCUUUGUCAAGUCUUAGUACCAGAUUUUAAGUUUCACGCCUUGUAGUGAAAAUACUGAUACUGAGGCGCAGAGAGAAAUGAAAAUGAAAGAAAGAAACCCAGCCUAUUAGUCCAAGCCUAUCAGUCCAAGUUGUGGUUAAUUAAAAAAAAAAUGUGUUACAGUUAUCCCCAUUUUUAACAUCCUGUUUGUAGACCUAUUUAUGUGUGUCUGUGUGUGUGUGUGUGUGUGUGUGUGUGCGUGUGCGUGUGUGUGUCUGUGUCUGUGUCUGUGUGUUUAUCGUUACAAUGCAUGAUUAAUACCAAAAGAGGUGUUCAUUCACAAAAUAUAGCCUACCGGGCAACACUUUACAAAUACUGUAUUAUAACUGUAUUAAAUUGCGCAAACAAUAAAAUUAGUAGAUGCUAUAAUGAA